UCGGAAGUGGUGGGACCCCUGCUUGACUCUGGCAUGCCAAGGGUUAAUCCAAGAUGGCUGGGUUUACGGGUUCAUGCUUUGUAUGUUUUAAAAUGAAGGUGUCACGUAUCGCAUGGUUAUUAUGUAAAAGCACCGAGGUGAGGAGGCAUACAGUAUGUAGAACAUUCACCAGUGGAUCCACCACCCGACAACAACAGCUAUCAAGCGCGAGGGGUAGUAUUUGUAGGUAUUCAACUGAAUCUUCAAUCAAUGGUUGUACGGCCCUGUUGUACAGAAACCACGGCGACCCGUCUCAAGUUGUUCAGUUGGAGAGCAUGGAGCUUCCCUCUGUUGGUGCUAAGAGUGUCCUUGUAAAAUUGCUGGCAGCCCCCAUCAACCCUUCUGACAUAAACAUGAUCCAAGGUUCCUAUGCCAUCCUACCUGACCUUCCAGCAGUAGGAGGAAAUGAGGGGGUGGGCCAGAUCCUGGAAGUGGGCAGCCAGGUGAAAGCACUCAGACCAGGGGACUGGGUGAUCCCAAGAGAUGCUGGAUUAGGGACGUGGAGGACAGCCGCGGUUUUAGCUGAAAACGAUGUGAUCUCUCUGCCCAAUGACAUCCCCCUGUUCUCUGCAGCCACACUGGGUGUUAACCCCUGCACUGCCUUUAGGAUGCUCUCUGACUUUGAGGAGCUGAAACCAGGUGACACAGUGAUCCAGAAUGCAGCCAACAGUGGUGUGGGUCAGGCUGUCAUACAGAUCGCUGCUGCAAGGGGGAUCCAAACCAUCAACGUGGUCAGAGACCGGCCAGACCUCACACAGCUUAUUGACAGGCUGAAGGCUAUGGGCGCCAGUCAUGUGAUCAAAGAGGAGACCCUGAGGCGGCAUGAAAUGAAGGAACUUUUCAGGACCUGUCCAAGGCCUAAGCUGGCACUGAACGGAGUUGGGGGAAAGAGUGCAACAGAACUUCUCCGUCACUUACAGGUUGGAGGGUCGAUGGUGACGUAUGGAGGGAUGGCCAAGCAGCCAGUCACUGUUCCUGUGAGUGCCCUGAUUUUCAAAAAUGUGAAAGUCAAAGGGUUCUGGGUCACCCAGUGGAAGAGAACCUACUCUCAGGAUGAGGGGGCCUUACGGGGAAUGCUGGAUGAGCUCUGCUCUCUGAUCCGCCAGGGAAAGCUGACCGCACCUGCCUGUUCUGAGGUAGGCCUCCAAGACUUCCGGAAAGCACUGGACACUGCCAUGCAGCCGUUCACCUCAGCCAAACAGGUCCUGGUCAUGUGACCCCUCAGGAAGGAAGGAACUUCCUGGACUUGUCCAAUAAGAAACAUUGUUUUGCACUGGGUGCCCAAUUGAAUACGACCCUGCAUACAAAACGAAGUCCCGGGCACGUUCAACGGGUGCAGCCCCAAGACUGCUGCUUCAUCAUUGUCGGAAAUGCGUUGCUCAAGCACACGUUCAAUAAAUGUGUGUUUUCCGUAGUGGCUCAAAGUCCACUAUAUAUAUUAUCAGCACCACUUUAUUUCCAUAUUUCCUGACAACAGUUAAUGGAAAUUAUUUCAGAAUGGUCAUGGAUUCCUUGACAACUUAUGUAUUGUCGAUUUAUGUUUAUUUCUCCUGAAUGGUAACAUUGUUAUAUCCUGGUCCCAGAUCGGUUUGUGCUGUCUUGGCGACUCCUAUGGUUAUUACUAUGCAAGACGGCACAAACAGAUCUGGGACCAGGCUGACGUGGCUAUGCAACACAUGGUGUUCUGGUAAAACACUGAACAUUUGUCAAAGAUUAAGCUAUUUUUAAAGAGUUCAAAUUACUUGUUGUAUGGACACGUGCAAAUACCAUCAUGAUGCGUGUUAGACAGGUUUAUUGCUUUAAAAACAAUAGCGCAGGGUCCAACUAGAGCUGUUACACUGACCAUGUUAAAUUCCAUGUGAACAUUAAGUUGUAGUAACUACUAGGCUUCUCUAAGCUCUGAUGUUGCUGAUGGUCAUUAGUAGUCUACCAAACUUGCUAACUGCCUGGUACUCAGCAUUCCAUUGUCCCUUUAAUCACUCUGACAUCAAUAAAAUUUAUCAAAUCAAACACUUCAUAAGAGCUAAUUUCUCACAACAUUUCUAUAGGCUAUGAAAUGGUGUGAGAAAAGGGUUUUGAUGGCCUCUAAUAAAAAGAUGAUCCCAUCAGCUUCCUAUAGGCUAGGCCUACUAUAUUUAUCAACAUUCCUAAUAUUAAGCACAUUGCUUCGCUUUACAACAGGAGUAUAGCCUACCUGGCUGGCAUGGAAAAUGAACCUCAGGCAAAGCGUCCUCCAUUCGCUAUUUAAAUGCAUAGAUGACGUGUAUUUUUUCCCCCUUGCCGCCGUUGCGAGACAGGUGCAUGGUAAUGGUCCAUUCUAUACUGAACAAAAUGAUAAAUGCAACAAUUUCAAUGAAUUACGGCGUGACAGUUCAUAUAAGGAAGUCAGUCAAUUUAAAUAAAUUAGGCCCCAGCUAUGGAUUUCACAUGACUGGGCAUGGGUGGGCAUAGCCCCAAUCAAUCCGAAUGAGUUUUUCCCCACAAAAGGGCUUUAUUACAGACAGGGUGGCUGGUCUCCGAUUAUCCCGCAAGUGAAGAAGCCGGAAGUGGAGGUCCUGGGCUGGUGUUUUUGCACGUGGUCUGCGGUUGUGAGGCCGGUUGGACGUACUGCCAAAUUCUCUUAAAUGACAUUGGAGGUGGCUUAUUGUAGAGAAAUUAACAUUACAUUUUCA